GUACUGGGACACUGAAACUGGCCAAAUCAUUUCCACCUUCACCAACAAGAAAACACCGUUUUGUGUAUCUGUUCACCCAGACCCUUCCCAGCAGAACGUCAUUGUCACGGGAUGCUCCAACAAAAAGGCGGUGCAGUGGGACUCCAACACCUGCACAAUUGUGCAGGAGUACGAUGAACACAUGGGCGCUGUCAACACGGCGACAAUCUGUGAAGAUGGAAAGCGAUUGCUCACCUCUUCAGAUGACAAGAAGAUGUUCCUCUGGGAAUUCGGCAUUCCGGUCGUCGUCAAGCACAUAGCCGAGCCGACCAUGCACUCAAUCCCUCAGAUCGUCCUCAGCCCGGACGAAAAGUACUUGAUAGGGCAAUCCAUGGACAACAAGAUCAUAGCUUACGAGGCGUUCGGACGCUUCAAGUUCAUAGCACGGAAAACGUUCAAGGGCCACCUCAACUCUGGCUAUGCCAUCACGCCAGGUUGGUCAGCAGAUGGCAAGUGGGUCAUGUCUGGAGAUGCGGAUGGCAAGCUGUGGUUCUGGGACUGGGGCAAGUGCAAGAACUAUCGUGUUCUCAAAGCUCAUGACGGAGUCUGCACUGGCUGCCUCUGGUACCGAUCUCAGACGGGCAACCAAGAUGACGAGGAUCAAUCGGGCAAUCCGACAGCGCGGUACAGUGGCCGCACUGAGAAGAUGCACCGCUUCCUUGCCAGGGAGCCUGUGUUUGUUGUCAUGUUGCGAGAAGGCUUUUCAGAGCUGGAGUUCCGAGACGCCGGCAAACCGGACCUUUCCUACGAGGUGCUGAAAACCAAUGGAGUGAUCAACGUGGAGCAGGAUGACCCGCUGUCUGACAUCAAGAUUGCAAAGUUAAAUGAAACUGCCGCGGCUGUAUUCCAAGCGCAAUUUUGUUGCUAUGCUUGCAGCUCGGCAGCGCCUGAGUGGGCGACCACUGCCCUCAUGGACUGGAAAGGGGAUGAGGCGAGACUGGGCCAGCUAUGUCAGCUCUUCCAGCUGGCAUCAUCUCCGGACAACAGCAUCCAGCAGCAGGUGAUGCAGAUGCUGUCGCAGUUUAGCCAGCUUCCAGAUUUCGAUAUGUACUUGGCAACAGUUUUUGCCAAGCUGACUUCCCAAGACGAGGUCGUUCGACAGCGAGCGGGACUGCUGCUGAAAACGAACCUUGGGAGGGCUCAACCUGGAACGCUACAGCCAGCUAUCGCGGAGUAUGUUCAGGCUCAUACCUUGUCUGCCGUGAGCGACAGCAGCAAGGUCAUCAGACACACAGCUGGCACAGUCAUCUCCAUUCUUGUCCUGAAGGUCGGUUUUGUAGGCAGCCGACAGACUUUGGACAAACUGGCGACCUGCCUCGCUGAUCAGAAUCCUCAUAUAGUGGAGGGCAGUUUCAAUGCUCUGAACAAGAUCUGCGAAGAUGGCAUGAUGCUUAUCAAGCAGAUGUGGGACUAUCCUGAUGAGCAGACGCAGCACUUUGUUCGUUGGUCUGCCGAGAACCUUCUGCCCAAAGUGAUGCAGAUGAAACCCGCCUCUCCUGCGCUUUCCAGAGCAAGGACAGGUCCUGGUGAUGAGGUGGCGCAGUUGCGAAGGGCCGAAGUGCCCAAAAGGGCACUGAGGACAGCGGAGUCGUUCAACGAGCGAGCUCCGCCCCUUUGGUUGGUCGGAUCAGGUCCGGGAAAGGCCGAGGAUGAUGAUGAUGCCUGCAGUAGUGCGGACAGUGUGCGCAGCGGCUAUCAAGAGCAAGAUGCAUCGGAGCAGCCCGCCACGCCCCAAAGCCCGGCAAGCCAUGGAGUCUCAAGCAGCUCGGAAGGGACCCCGAGCGAUAUGAGGAAGGCACCUCGGAUGAGCGAUGUGAAGAAAGACAAGGGAGAGUUGCCAGCUGUUGCUGGUGCAGAACGGAGGCCAGCUUCGGGGAGUUCUGCUCGGGACUCUCUGCGGAGCCCACAGGGCACAAGUCCUCCUGCACCGGGCGUCCAGUCGACAGUGGAUCAGGUCGAGGCAAAAGUAAAUGCCAGCACUGCUGGAGAGUGGGUGAACAAACUGAAGGCGCUACAGGAUGUGGCCGAGGAGCAUUCCUCGUGCGCCUGCAGGAUUAUGGGCCACGUGGAGGACAUGUUUCCCGAGGCGCGAGAGUUCUCCAGUUCGACCAAGUCCAAGAUUGUGGACGAAAUCUACUUGCAGCUUGAGCUGAGCCGGGAGCUCCUGGAGCGACAUGCCCAAGGGCUCAUUGGGACGGACUUGGCCGAGCUCAAAAUGAUGAAAGCAGAGUACAAGCGACUGGAUGACAGGUUGGCGAGGAUGAACAAGCUGUUUGCGAAGGAGGUGAGCAGUCUUCGAGAUUUACUCCAGAAGAAGAAAGAGGGUGUGGGACCGACUGCUCCACCCAAGAGCAGCUACGAACCACUCAUGUUCAUGGAGCCCGCUCAGCGGGGUUGGUUGCUUGGUCUUCUCGAAGAGAAGCUGGAGGGGCCACCAAAGUUGUGGCAGCCGAUUGCAGCCAUGGCACAGCCAUCAAGCUCGGCAGGCGCGGGACCCUUGUUUCGAACCCGCCCUACAAGCAGCGUGCCGAGUGACGGCACUGUGGCUGACAUCUUGGACGCGCGUGCCAGACGUCGAGAGGCCUACAACUCCCGAAGGAGCAGCUGUCCACAGAUUCCUUGCAGGAGCCAAAGUUCGCUCAGUAUAGUGGAAGUUGUGCUUUGCCCGCUUCUCCUUUGUGCAUGUAUGCUCCGAGCCAUUUUUCAUCUUCUUUGGACUAGCCUGACAGGAUUGUUGCACUGCAUGAUGCACCUACACUUCCUGCUUGGAGCUGUGGCAGCUUUCGCAGUGAUUGCUGCUGCUUCUUGGCAAUUGUGCACGGAGGUUCAGGCGCCUGCACCGUCCGUGCAUGUCGUUUGUAGAGCCGAGUCGCCUGCGGCUCUGCAGGUUCGAGACGUAGCGCGAACCCUGAGUACGUCGAUUUCGCUGAAUUGGGCGUGGUUGACCAAUAUCGUGACCGAGUUUGAGCAUCGAGUUUCACAGCUGCUGUUACGUGGCCAGUGCCCGUACCGCACUCCUGAGGAAGCACGAGAAGCUUGUUUGUCUCGCCCUGAUUCGCUGGUACUGCGCCGGGCCAGCGACUGCUCCACCCUGCGCAAAGCAUACUACGACGGCCAGAAGCAGGUUCAUCCAGACAGGCUACGACUCCUGCAUCCAGCUUGCGACACAGAAGUCUUGCAGGCUCUCUUGGAAGCGAAUCCUGGCAUCGAGCGAAGAGUCAACACCGCGGAGCUCGCACGCCUGCGGGACCUCUUCAAAAAAGAGGAGCAGAGCUCGUUGGAACGGAAAGUUGCCAAACUAAACGAGGAAGAUCAAGCAGCAAGGAAGCAGAUUGCUGUCCUGGAAGCCUACAACGAGAAGUUGAAGCUGGAGAUAAGAAAGAUUGAUGAUAGCGGCUCUUCGACUUCAACAUUGGUGGACGGGCUAGCGCCCGAGGGCAGUGCAAGCCUCCUGGUCGUGAAGCAGACUUCUGGUUCGAGUGCAGCAAUGUCACCUCCUGCUGGCAAGCCCAAAACUGGUCGGCCGAAGAGGGGCGCAACCUUCACAAGAGCUGGCUCUGGUGAAGAAGUUGCAGCUCAGGCGGUGCCUGAGUGCUUGUACGCCUCCCCGCAGGCACCGCUCCAUGCUCGCCAGAACGCCAUAGAAUGUUUGAAUCAUUUUGCUUUGAACUGGGCCUUCCACGAGCCAAAGUUUCCAGCGCUUCAACCCUUCGCGGGGCAGUACAUCGAGGUGCUCGGCGUGCUCGCGAAUGACCAGGAUGCCAAUGUUCUCAAAGAUGUUUGCAAAGGUUUCGUGUGUGUCAUCGAAAACCAGUGGUCUUGCAUCACAGAGCAUCUAGCAAACGUGGUGCUACAGUACAUGCUGAAGGCAUGUAAGCAUCCUGAGUACGUCGUGCGGGUUGAGGCGCUGGAGGUUUGGACUCCGUGCACGAACUCAGCCAUGCUUGUUCAGUGCGUUUGGUCGCUGCUGAAUGAUCUGAUACCCGUUUUGUUAGACAACAUGGUCUAUUCGCAAGCGGACUACUUGGGAAUGGACAACGACAUCUUUGAAGAUGACAAUGCAGCAGUCCCGGAUGAUUCCCAGGACAUCAGACCUCGAAAUCACAAGCCUUCCGCAUGUCGACGCAAGAGCAGUGACCUCUGCAUGUGCGCCCAUGGCGAGGCGGAGCCGAGGACGGGGCGACUCCGGGGCCGAAGCCCCGAGAAGCUUUUGCUCAAGUUAGUAGAAGACCCAGUCAUGGCAGCAGCCGCUGCCAAGCAGAUAAUGUCUGUUACAAAGAGCGCUGCAAGCCGUCUUGGCACGCUCAUGGCAAGACACAGCGAUCCCAACGCCAUCGGCGUGCGAAUCGGCCUGAGGCAGAGAGGCUGCAACGGCAUGUCGUAUACCAUGGAUUACACCGACAAGGUCAACAAGUUUGACGAGGUUGUGGAAGCUGAUGGAGGCAUUAAAGUCGUAGUUGACUCAAAGGCCGUUAUGUUCCUGAUAGGCACGGAGAUGGACUUCGUGAGCAACGAGGUUGGCAACGAGUUCGUGUUUAACAACCCCAACAAGAAGUCAGAGUGCGGCUGCGGGCAGCAUGACAGGCAGUCACAUGGAUUGGAGAGCACGACGCAGUUCGGUUGUGAGGGCCAAGAAGCUCCGUGCGGCGGGCCAGCAACAGGAGGUCAGCAAAGCCUUGUGAAGUAUCAGCAAACUAGCAGCGGCCGCUUCAUUGCAGCCAUGGUCAUACCUAUUCCAGGAGGUAUAGGAACGCCUUUGAUGGGUCCUCCACCAGCCAUCGUCGCCCAGAAGUUCAAGAUCAUCAAAGCCUGCAUUGUGAUUAUGAUCGUGUGCACCUGCGGUCAGCUUCUUGCGGGAGCGCUGUUGGGGCAGCUUGGAGACGCGCUGCUGUCAUCCCUGAAUCUCAUUCUGAACACGUUCAUCGGUAUUUGGAUGCUGAAGGAUGACCCACUCAUCGGAAAGAUUUUCGACUUUCUGGCGAGGAGCUGCUGUGGGACUUGCGCAGAGCAAUGCCAGGGAGGCAUGACAUGCCUCAUGCCCUUCAUCAUUUGCAAUAUCAUCACGGUGUUGCUCCAGAUCAUCCUUUCGUCAGAAAUACAGCUCAUCAUCCGCGAUUUUAAGGUCAUGCUGAACGCGGUAUCAUUUUAUGAUGCAUUCCGUGUGUGGCUCCUGUUGGUGUCGACUGUGGGAGCGCUUCUGGCACAAAUAAUCGGAUCGAUCUACGGCUAUCUGGCAUACCGAGAGGUGCGGGAUUCUGGAGUUACGAUGUCGGGUGGAGACUGGAGCAGUGGCGGCACAGCCUACCCGCAGGCGCGUGAGUCACAUGAUGAGAUGCCGAGGGACUCGAGACCAGCCGCGAAUUUCCAAGCCUUCCAGGGAAGCGGACAGCCCCUCGUCGCAUCAAAGGCUGAUGGCAAAGAGGAGGAGGACGAUGACGAUGAGGAAGCGGCAAAGUUCGUUCAUCCCAUUGAUGAGGUUGGUGACCACAACUUAAACGAUGACGAGAAAGCCUGGAUUCAGCAGGACUCGGAUGAAGGCGACAUGAUCUUUCAGCUGGAGACUCUUCCUUCUCUGGACAAUGAUUGUGACGGAGAUGAGGAAGUUGAAACUGCAGACGGUUUCAACGUGUGGAUGAGGAAGUUGGAGGAUUUGCGUGACAAGCUCAGACACGAAAGCCGUGGCGACGUUCGUGCGAAGCCUUCAGUCGAUGAGCUUCUUGGGCAAUUGCGGCAAGCUCUGAAAGAUGGCAACUGGCUGCCAUUGACGGCGGCAAGGGCCGUGCCGCGGAGCUCCGAUGUCAUCAGAGUGGUCCGGAACCUGUCUCGGCAAGAGACUUUGGAGACACUGCGGGCACUUGUCGCAAGACACGAGCAUCCGCCCGAACAGCCGAACUCCAGCAUGUGGAUCAAUUUUGUUCUCGAUUACGAAGUUCAUGAUCUGCAUGGAUCAGCAGAGUUGCGGUCCAUUCUCAGAUUUCGCGUUUGUGAUGCAGCUCAGCCGGCCUGGUUUGCGCUGGACAGAGAUAUGGUGCAGUUCAAAAUUCUGGGUCCGGGGAUUCAGCCGGCCAGUCAGACACCCGUCCAGACAGAGCUGCGUAUCAACGGCUCAGAUGAGGUGCUGGUGGUGCCAAUCGUCACGAGCACAAAGGUACUUGAGCUCAAGCAGCAACUUGCGAUGAAGCUCGGAGUGGACCCCGAUUCUCUACAGUUCGCCACGAAGGCUGGAUGCUCUUGGAGGAUGCAGAUGGACCAUGAGGAGGUGAGAAGACAGGUGAAUGUCAAGGGCAUUAAAUCUUUCAAGCCGGAGAGAACAAAGUACGAAGAUCCGUUUCUCAUCAUUGGUGCUGGACAUAUCGGACUGCGACACGGCCUUUUCCUGCUGCAGAACGACCACCCAAAUUUCAUCAUCGUUGAUCGCAGAGACAAGGUCGGCGGAACUUCCUGGAUUUCACAGGCGAACAAGACCUCAAAGCUGCAAACCGAGCUUGGCACGUACCACCUGCAAUACGACGAGCAGAAUCCGGUACCCAAAGACAUGGCAACCUGGCCCUCACGCGACGAGCUUCUGGAUCACUUUGCCAAGGUGUCGUCCGAAUACGGACUGAUGCCGUACAUUCAGCUGGAAACGAAUGUGAAAGCCAUCACCGUGAACGGGAACAGCUGCGCACACGGACCCUUGGAAGUCAGCCUGGAAGCAACACAGAACUACACGGGUGUUCUUCCUCCAGAGCCAACCGGGAAAGGUGUCAAGCAGCUGAGGGUCAGCAGCGUCUUCAUGUACCCAGGAAAUCUUUCCUUUCCUCGACAAGAUACAUACCUCGGCGAGGACCUCUUCGGGGGCAUGAUUGAAUAUGCGAUGUUCGAUACCAUCGAUUACGACCAGGCAGCCCGCGGAAAGGAUGUCAUGAUCGCCGGUCAUGGAGCCUUUGGAGUGGAGAAUAUUCGGACUUGCUGCGAGUUCUCUGCCAAGCGGAUCUACAUGGUUUGCCGCAGGACGAACCUGGCCUGUCCACGCGUGAGCUCUUGGUUCUGCAACCAAUCACAUCCCGCCAUUCCGGCCUCCCUCUUCCUCGAAAGCAUGGAGCCGGCUUACAAGCUUAUUGGCUACGACCCGUGGUCAUACCACUCUGUCACCUACAAUUCUGCCCGAACGAGUGCACAAAUUAGCCAGAAAGCCAGAUUUGGCAUCGGCGAUGUUUACUUCUUGGCCCUCAGCAUGGGCAAAUGCGAAGUGAUCGUCGAUGAGGUGAAGAGACUCUCGGAAGGGCGCGUUCACCUCCAGUCCGGUCGAGAGUUGUCAGUACAGACGAUUCUGAAAGUGUUCGGUUUCGUCGGCGACCAGGAGGUUGACCGCCUCCUGAAAAUCAAGAGCAUGUAUGGUUACUGGGCAGACGCAGAUAAUCGCCGCUUCACAGCGAGCGAGAAUCCAGGUGUCUAUGCCAGCAAUUUCGGUGGCACUAGCUUGUCUCCCGGUGCCAUAUUUUUUACAUUAAUGGCAAGUCACGUCAUGUGGUUUCCCAGGGACUGGCAGAGACUCGUUGAUUCGGCGCAGUUGCCCACGAACAAGAGAGAUGAUUCGAUUUCCAGGUGCGCACUCUUUUUGGGGGCUGAAUCGCACUCGAACGGUCUACGUUGGAUCAGGUGGCUUCUUAGUCCGGGUUGCAGGGCCGAUAGACAGUUGCUCUGUGCCUCGUAG